CAUCUGUGACUACAACAUGUACAUUUUUGAUUAAUGAGAUAAUCAAAAUUCCAUUUUUCAGUUCCGUCGUACAUGUGCUGGUAUGUCUACGAGCUGUCGGAAUGACCUUUUGAACUGUAAUUCAUCAGUAUAGCCACGAGACUCAAACCAAAUACCUGUAACACAUGUUCCUAUAAAUACUUGUACUCGACCGCAUAGAUAGCUCAGUUAUUCAACUUCCUGAGAAGAAAUCAUGUCAAAGUUAGCGCUUGUUUUUCUUCUGAUAUGUUGCAUGGUAGUCGUGACGGAGGCAAGUCAUCUUCUGCCCGACACUGAUGAUGAAAUUGCUCGAUGGGCCCUGGACGAGAUAGGCUCCGGUUAUGUACUGAUCAAUGUUAGGAGGAUUAGGCAAAAGCACGUAGACGGUACCCUUUAUAAUAUGAAGUUGAAGGUCCGAGAAUACAGACCCGGUGGAAGGCGCACCAAAAUUUUGACCUGUAGGGUGAAGGUCGUGGUCUUCAACAAUCGUAGAACUCUCCUGUCUCACAGAUGUUUCUCCUCCGGCUCUGGUCGAGGUCCAUUUGAUUCAUCUGAAGGUUCAUUUGAUUCCUUGGGUUCAGCUGGUCCACACUAAGCAGCGUCUCAGUACUGAUAGUUCUUCCGACAUUCAUUAUUUUAUGUCUAUAUGAUCGGGUCUACAAAUAAAUUAAUGUAAAAUUCCAACUAUCUUGUU